CGUGCGGAAGCUUCAUUAGGGAGGCGGGAAGUUCAGUCAAGGUUUGGUUGUGUUGUGUUUUUUAAACAUUACAGUAUUUACACAAGAAACUUGCUGAUACACGUUGAAUCCAGAGGCUGGAACAGGCCAGGCAUGAGCAGCGCACACCUGGACGAGUGGCAGAGGAGGUCCUUUGACAUUUCGUCUGGCACCUGUACACCUGAACAGAUGGCCGAUGCUUAUCGGGCACACAUCCUGUCCAUUCAGUAUGCAUGGGCGAGUGCUGAGCUCUCUCCGGCUGGAGCUGCCAGCCUGCUUAGGACCUACUCCGAGAGCUACGCUGCAGUCUUGGACUCAGAUGACCCACGCAGAGGGCUCAACAACUACGCAGAGAGCGCCUUGCAUCUGGCCCGCAAUCAAAAGAACCACAGCGAUAAAUGGGAGUCAUCCAUAACUAUCGAAAAUGUGUUCAACCUGCCGUACGUGCAAAGGAUGAUGAAGACUUGUGCAGUCCCAGUGGAUCCAUCAGAUGUUAACAUCACUGUUGGUGGUGAGGUCAGCGGGGGUGGGGAGAAAGGCAGUGCUUUCUCUGGUCCUUCCUCUGGGUUAAAACGAGAGCUUCUGUCUCACCGGCUUGUGGUGCCUCCACCCAGAGCUGAGAUGGGAAGGGGGGACAGUAACCCACUUAGCGGUGCUGUGGAGUGGGCCAGAGGAUGUGAAGGAGCUCCUCUGCAUCCUCCCCUGGCACAGAAUGCUCCAAGAGCUCCAACAGGAUCUACACCCAUCUUUAGCCACAACAAUUUCAAUUCCACUGGCAAUGAUAGUUCUAGUUUGGGUUACACAAGUGGGCCUAAUGUGUAUAAUCAAUCUGUGUUCUUUUCCUCCACAAACCCCUCCAAGAGGAAGAACUUCUACAGCUCAGGAACUGAAAGCAACAGAAGCUCAUUCCCAUCACAUGGGGAGCAGGAACCGCGAGGUGGAGGACGGAGAGGAGAAGGUGUCGGCACUAACUUUAGAACUGCACGGGAGCAGUUUAUUGUUGACCAGCAAAAAAAGCAUUCCCAUCAGGGCCAGCGAGCCUCUGCAGCUAACAUUGCUACAUCCACCAAAAAAUGCCUUGGGGCAAAUCGGUCACGUGGGGCCUUCUCCAAAUUUGUCUCUCCCAUGCCAAAACAAGAGGAAAGUAACUCCAAGGACAACCCACCCGAAGAUGCGCAAUCUGUCGACGAGCGACUAAAGAACUUUGAACCCAAGAUCAUAGAGCUGAUCAUGAGUGAGAUCAUGGACCAUGGCCCACCUGUGGCAUGGGAUGAUAUUGCUGGCCUGGAGUUUGCCAAAGCCACGAUCAAAGAGAUCGUAGUGUGGCCCAUGUUGAGGCCUGAUAUCUUCACUGGCCUUAGAGGUCCACCUAAGGGCAUCCUUCUCUUUGGUCCACCAGGCACUGGUAAAACCCUCAUAGGUAAGUGCAUUGCCUGCCAGUCCGGAGCCACUUUCUUCAGCAUCAGCGCCUCGUCUCUUACGUCAAAGUGGGUUGGAGAGGGCGAGAAGAUGGUACGUGCACUUUUUGCCAUCGCGCAUUGUCACCAGCCUGCGGUCAUCUUCAUUGAUGAGAUCGAUUCCCUUCUUUCCCAGCGCACAGACGGAGAGCACGACUCAUCCCGUCGGAUCAAAACUGAGUUUCUUGUUCAGUUGGAUGGAGCCGCCACCUCAGCAGAUGAUCGCAUCCUUGUGGUUGGAGCCACCAACCGGCCGCAGGAGAUUGAUGAAGCAGCCCGCCGUCGCCUGGCCAAGCGACUUUACAUCCCUCUCCCAGAGGCAGAGGCUCGGCGGCAGAUAGUUACUAACCUCAUGUCCCGUGAGAAAAGCCAGCUUGAAACAGAUGAGAUGGAGAAGGUAGUGAAAGGUACAGAAGGUUUUUCGGGUGCGGAUAUGACACAGCUGUGUCGGGAAGCAGCACUAGGCCCCAUCCGAAGCAUUUGUCUUAGUGACAUUGCUACCAUCACAGCAGAUCAGGUUAGGCCCAUACUCCACAGCGACUUCCAGGAGGCUCUUAAAACAGUGCGGCCCAGUGUCUCCUCUAAAGAUCUCGAGCUAUAUGAAGAGUGGAACAAGACUUUUGGCUGUGGUCGCUGAGCCCGUCUGUGUUUUUUUUUUUUAUACUGAUUGCUGUUUGCGUUUAUGUUAGUAUUAUUGAAACAUUGUGUUGGGGUUGUAUGAAAAUGCAAUUCUUGAA